CGAAUCACAAUCGAGCGCAUUUGCGUGCAAAAUAAAGAAAAACAAUCAAAAUUUCACCAAAACUAAACUGCAACGCUACCAAAACGGCAAACCGCGCCGUACCUAUGUCAGUGUUAACUCAAUUGCUGCUGAAUUUCAAUCAGAAGGCCCAAACCCGAAGCCAUCACAAUUUAGAGCUGAUAAACUCCUUCAUAACAUAACAAAGAGCUUGCAACCAGUUCGCGGAUCGAACCACCAACAACACCAACAACAACAACAGCAACAACAACAACAACUAGAACAAGUGAAGAAGACGCGACCGCCCAUCGUUAUUUUACGGCACCCAGUUAGGGAGAAAUUUGCAAACAUUUUUUACCGGAAGAGAAAAAAGAAAUCAAUUCAAAAGAAAAUGAACUUAAAUCUGUGCGCUAUAGCGCUGCUGCUGUUUGGCAGCCUCUCGGGCGUCCAGUGUCGCGCCGUGGACAUCGUGGACGAGAGCAACGAUGAUGUGGACAACUCCAUUGAGCCGGAGCCGGAGUCGCCCCAGUCGAAGCACAGUCGUGCUCGCGCCUUCGAGGAGGAUUGGCUGAAGUUCACCAAGACGCCGCCCACGAAAAUCCAACAGGCACCGGGCGCCAUCCUGGAGAUUGCCUGCGAGAUGAUGGGCUCCCAGGUGCCGAGCAUUCAGUGGGUCGUCGGCCGUGUGCCGCUCUCGGAGAUUGACAAUCUGGCGCCCAACACCUUCUCGGAGGAUGCGCCCUCGGCGAUUGUGCGCGUCCGAUCCGUGCACAUUGUCGAUCAUAUGCUGAGCGGACCGCGCACCUAUACCUGCAUUGGACGCACCGGCUCCAAGACGAUCUAUGCCAGCACUCAGGUGUAUCCGGCUCAUUCCGAUCAGGAGCUGGGCGGUCUGAUUGUGCCCGAGAAACAGUAUCCGGGUCCACAGAAGCCGCGUAUCAUUUACACCGAGAAAACGCAUCUCGAUCUGAUGGGCUCCAGCGUAAUGCUGCCCUGCAAGGUGCACGCCAAUCCCCAUGCCAAGAUCACCUGGAGGAACAACGAGGACAAGGACAUCGUGCAGAGCCAUCGUUUCAAGGUGCUGCCCACCGGUGAUCUCCUCAUCUCCGAUCUCAAAUGGGAGGAUAUGGGCAACUACAAGUGUAUAGCGCAUAAUGCCGUUGGCCGCGACUCGGCCGAUACCUUCGUUUACCCCGUACUUAAGGAACAAGACUAAAGAUUCCAUACACAAGGCUAUUGGAUUGACGAAACCACAUUUUUAGUUAGUUAGAUAGAUCAAAUGCCUUUGAAGAUGCGUGAAAACAAAGAAACAAAACAAAACAAAAAACAUAAAAAACAAAAAAAAAAAAAAAAAAACAUAACUAAUAGGAAAAACCCAAAAAAAAAAAUGGAGAAACGACAAAGUUUAGCCCUAAGUUGAACUCUAGAAUCUAAUGCCGGCUUAGACUUUAAUCUUAAAAGCACCGUUUUCCUCUUCUUCUUUCCACAUCGAAUAAUUUACGAAUACUAAUUUAAUGCGGGAAUAUAUCAAGUUUCCCCUCGCCUCCCCCAUGUCUCCGCCGCACAACUAAUAUUUGUUUAAGUUCUUAUACUUAUUAUUAAUUUUUAGUUUUAGUUUGCGUCAGGUAAACAAAUCUCGUUAUGUAAGUAGCAAUGAUUGUUCCUAACGAUUCAGGCAAAAGAAAACAAAAAGGAAACAUUAGUUAACGUUAAUUAAUUGGCCGUUACUUAAUAUAUGUGUGGCUAUGAGCCAACCAGAAACCACCAA